AUGGUUAGUCUCGAAAAUGGGCGUGUCCUCCUUCUAGGUGGUUGUACAGAAGACGCUGCAUUGACUCUGGUGGAAUGCCUCGUACUUCCAACCGAUGACUGGAGCGCCAACGCAUCAGUCGCGUCUCACCCCUUCUGGCAUCGUCUAGCACCUAUGCAUGAGGCUCGCGCGUCCUCCGGUGCCUGCGUCCUCCACGGUCGUGUAUUCGCUGCUGGCGGUGAAGACAGCCAACAUACAAUCCUGCAGAGUGUGGAGUACUUUGAAGCACCGAAAGACGACAUUGGAGCUGGUUACUGGACGGUUGUACAGCGGAUGAGUGAACCGCGAGACACCUUUUCACUGUUGGCACUGGAGAACCGACUGUAUGCCUUUGGUACGUAUUCUCCUUAG